AUGAGCACAUUUGACGUGGAUGACAUCUUGAGUCAAUUACAUGUAAAAGAAAAGGUUCGAUUACUUUCGCUGAAAGACUUUUGGCACACAACAAACAUCGAUCGAUUGAACAUCCCCUCUAUCAGACUAAGCGAUGGCCCUAACGGCGUGAGAGGAACCAAAUUCUUCAGAUCUGUUCCCUCCGCUUGCUUCAGCUCGGGCACUGCGCUUGCAGCAACCUUUAACAUGCCGCUUCUGGAGCAAUUGGGCCAAUUGAUGGCCGAAGAAGCUCGUCACAAAGGUGCUCAUGUUAUUUUGGGACCAACCUGUAAUAUCGCUAGGGGACCUUUGGGAGGCCGCGGUUUCGAGUCCUUCAGCGAGGAUCCAUACCUUUCCGGAAUUUCUGCGGCAGCAAUUAUCAAAGGUAUCGAAUCACAGGGCGUUGGGGCUACUCUCAAACAUUUUGUUUGUAACGAUCUUGAGGAUGAGAGAAACUCCGUCGACGUGAUACUUUCGGAUCGGGCAUUGAGAGAGGUUUACCUGCUGCCGUUCCAAAUCGCAAUUAGGGAAGCAAAUCCUAAAUGUGUUAUGAGCUCGUACAACAAGGUGAUGGGAGAGCAUGUUUCGCAGUCUAAGAAGCUUCUGACUGAUAUUCUUCGAAAAGAGUGGGGAUGGGAUGGUCUUACCAUGUCCGACUGGUUUGGAGUUUACUCCAUAAAGAGCUCUUUGGAUGCUGGGCUGGACCUUGAGUGUCCUGGGUAUCCUCUUAUGCGCAAACACGACGCUUUGAUGCAUGCGAUAUCCUCAAGAGAAAUCAGCAUGGACGUAAUUGAUGACCGUGUCAGAAACAUUCUGAAGCUUGUUCAACAUGCUCUGAAGUCUGGAAUCCCGUCAAAGGCUCCGGAGGAUUCUGCGAACAAUACUCCCGAGACCUCUGCUUUGUUGAGAAAGGCAGCUUCCGAAGCUAUCGUUUUGCUAAAAAACGAAAACUCAAUCCUCCCACUCAAACGGUCAGAUCGAAUCGCUGUCAUUGGGCCAAAUGGGAGAGUUCCAAGAAUUUAUGGAGGAGGAUCAGCUUCGGUCAAUAGCUAUUAUGGGGUAUCCGUUUACGACGGUAUCUCAAAUAAAAUUGGCUCGCAGCCGCCAUACUCUAUGGGAUGCGACAUUUCCCACAAUAUGUUUGAUUUGGGUAAGUUGGCUUCAUACAAGGGAGAACCAGGAGUGUGGAUCAAGGUAUACAAAGAAGCUCCUGGCACUCCUAACCGGACCCUUCUUGAGGAAUUCAGAUAUGACUCUUUGCAACUAAUGCUGUUCGACUACAAUCACGAGAAGCUCGACUCUUCAUUGUUUUAUUUUGACAUUGAGGGAGAAUUUACCUCUGAUAGAGAUAUGAGCUACGAUAUACAUUUAUCCUGUUUGGGAACGGCAUUGCUGUACAUCGAUGGAGAAUUAUUUAUUGAUGAUAAAACCAGUCAAAAGAUGGGCUUUGCUGCCAUUGGUGCAAGUUCUCUAGGUGACACCAAGACUAUCAGCAUGAAGAAGGAUGAAAGCAUUAAAUUCAAAAUUGAGUUUGGGUCAGCCCCAACUUUCACCCUGGAGACAUUGGAUCUAGUUGGCUCUAACGGGGGCGGAUCACUUACGGUCGCUAUUGGGGAAAAGAUUACAGACCAAAAGAGAAUAAAUGACGCUGUCGAGCUUGCAAAGACAGCAGACAAGGUGAUUCUUUGUGUUGGAACUUCGAAUGAUUGGGAAAGCGAGGGUUUCGACCGACCACAUAUGGAUUUACCCAAAUCUCAAGGGAUCCUUAUCGAUGAGAUUUUGAAGAUCAACAAAAAUAUCAUCCUGGUGAACUUGUCAGGUACUCCAGUCACACUCCCACGGGUAGAUGACAUUCCAGCUGUUGUUCAUGGCUGGUUCAAUGGUAUGGAGUCUGGAAAUGCUAUGGCUGACGUUCUCUAUGGCGAUGUAAACGCUUCUGGCAAGCUUCCUCUUUCUUGGCCAAAACGAUGCGAAGACAACCCCUCGUUCUUGACUUUCAAAUCUGACAAGGGAACUGUCGUUUAUGGUGAGGAUGUCUUUGUUGGAUACCGUUAUUACGAAAAAACUCUUCGCGAGCCUCUUUUUGCGUUUGGCUACGGAUUGUCCUAUACAGCUUUCCAAUUCAGGGACUUGGAUGUGAAGAUAACAUCCGAAGACUUGGUCUGCACCUUAAAAAUCGAAAACGUUGGCAAGUUCGGGGGUGCUGAAGUUGCACAGUUGUAUGUAAUUCCCCCUUCGACGACAACCGCUGUCUCUCGCCCGCUGAAGGAGUUCAAGGGCUGCCAAAAGGUACACUUGGAGCCUGGCCAAACGAUCACAGCUACCAUUUCCGUCCCGAUCAAGUAUGCUUGCUCUUACUUUGACGUAGAGAGACAGAAAUGGUCGAUUGAAAGUGGAGAAUAUGGAGUGUUUAUUGGAAACUCCUCUGAUGCUACAGAUGCUCUUAUUGGGAAGUUUGUUAUCAACAAGCCUUUGCUCUGGAACGGCCUUUAG